AUGGGAGCUGCAGGGAUUAGAAUUCACGACAUGAUGGAUUGCUUCAUCAGCAAACAUGUAUGGUACGGCGGUGUUGGUUUUACCAGGCGUGAAAUAUACAACCUUUGCCCCAGGGAGAAGAGGAAGCUGCUUUUAAAAGGUGAUGCUGCCACAGUCAUAGGCAUCAUGUCUCGUCAUGACUAUGAGGACUUCGGCGACGUGCUUGUAUUUGACAGCACGUACAAGAUGAACCGGUAUGGUAUGCCAUUCAUACCCUUUGUUGGUCUUAACAAUCACCGGAAGACCACUGUUUUUGUUUGUGCCAUAGUUUCGGACGAGACCGAAGAGACAUAUGUGUGGCUGCUGGAGACUUUUUUGAGGUCUAUGUGUCAAAAGAUGCCUAUGAGUGUUAUCACGGAUGCCGACGCUGCGAUGAUCAAGGCAAUUCGCCAAGUCUUCCCAGACGUGUGGCACCGUAUAUGUACGUGGCAUAUAGAAAAAAAUAUGAAGAUUCACCUCAGUCACAAGUCCUUGAAGGAGUUCCGAACUCUUCUGUACUACAGCACGUCCACGGCCACGUUUGAGGAGAGAUGGCACGCAUUUUCCAAAAGAUGGCAGUCGGAAAAAACAGUAACAUGGUUGAGACGGAUGUAUAAGAAGAGGAGACUGUGGGCCGCGGCUUAUCUGACAGAGGGUUUUUGGCUUGGCAUGAAAAGCAACCAGAGGAGUAAAAGUCUAAACUCAUGCCUUCACCUCCACCUAGACGGUGAAAUGACCCUGGUGGAUAUGAUUUUGCACUAUGAGAACGCCGUUGUACGUAUCCGUGAGAAUGAGGCACGAGAUGAUUGCACGGCCUCACAGAGUUUACCGGUGCCAGUUACUAGCUCGAGGGAACUUGAGAUAGCUGCUUCUCACGUCUUCACUCCAGCAAACUUCUAUAUGUUGCAAGCUGAUCUUAGGAAAAUUGGUGGCAUGGAGAUUGAAAAAAUAAAGCUCGGAGACGGAUCACAGCAGUACAUCGUGGUCUGGAAGAAUAACCGGAAGAGCCGUUUUUGGGUGGAGUACACUCCAGUAAAUUCCGCAGAAACUAUAAGGUGCAGCUGUAGAAAAAUGAUUCAAAAGGGUCUAUCUUGCAAGCACAUAUUCCAUGUACUGAAGUACUUGAAUAUAUCUGAAAUACCAAAGUGUUUAGUUCUUGUGCGGUUCACGAAAGACGCAAGGUUGGGACUGCCCGCCAGGCGCACAAGCGAUCUGUUGGGAUUUGGAUGGACUGGAGCAGCUGAAAGAAUGAAAUAUAGCCAGGUCAGUGUGUUGGCUUCAGAAGCUAUGCAUGCAGCAUGCAAACACCCAACUUUGUGGGAUCAGUUACAGGAGAGUUUGAAGGCCAUGAUAGCUAAGAGCCAUGAGUAUGAUCAGCUAAAGGAAAAUUUGAAUGAUGGUGAAGGCAACAUAGUUGAAGUUCAUGAUCCUAUUAAAGUAUCAACGAAAGGUGCAACUAAGGUAGAUGAGAACCGCCCUAUGUCAAAAAAUGGUAGGCCACUUUUGUACGACGAGAUCAGAAUCAGAAGCGUGGUGGGCGAAGAAGAGUAG